AUGGCUUUGUUGUCUGCAUUACUCGGUCUGGCAUGCCUUGCAACCAAUGUCGUUGCCACAGACCUCGACGACUUCAUCGUACGUCAAAGGGACUUCUCUCUUCAAAGUACCCGGAACAACAUUGGCCCUAAGGGUUCUAUGGUUGAAGGUGCUGGUCCUGGAAUCGUGAUCGCCAGCCCGUCCAAGACCGACCCUGAUUACUUUUACACCUGGACAAGAGACGCCGCCCUAACCAUGAAGAUGGUUGUAGAUGAGUUCAUUUUUGGCAAAAAGGAGCUCCAGGUCCACAUCGAAGACUACUACCAUUCUCAAGCUGUUCUGCAGACCGUUAACAACCCUUCUGGGUCUUUACUUCCCGCGGGCCGCGGUCUAGGUGAGGCCAAGUACAAUGCCAACGGCACACGAUUUGUUGGUGAAUGGGGUCGCCCUCAACGAGACGGGCCGGCCCUUAGAGCCAUAGCCCUCAUUACUUACUCUCGCUGGCUGAUUGAGAACGGCGAGGGAUCAAAAGCUAAGGAUAUCAUAUGGCCUAUCAUCACCAAUGAUCUGUCUUACGUCGGCCAGUACUGGAACUCUACUGGAUUCGAUCUUUGGGAAGAGGUUUCCGGUUCUAGCUUUUUCACCGUCCAGAACCAGUACCGCUCGCUCGUUGAGGGCGCAGCACUUGCGACAUCGCUAAACGUUAAUUGUACCGGCUGUGAACAGGCACCCAACGUGUUAUGCUUCCUGCAAACCUUCUGGAACGGCGAAUACUAUACCGCAAACAUCAACACACAGACAAAGCGUUCUGGUAAGGACGCCAACGUCAUGCUAGGAUCCGUUUCUGUCUUUGAUAUCAAGGCCAGCUGCGAUGACCCCUCCAUUCAGCCUUGCCACAGCCAAGCCUUGGCAAACUUCAAGGUCUGGGUCGAUGCCUUCCGCAAUGGUAGCGUUUACCCGAUCAACGAAGGUAUCCCCAAGGACAAGGGUGUUGCACUCGGCCGUUACAUCGAGGACGUGUACUUCAACGGAAAUCCUUGGUAUCUUAUCAUACUCGGAGCAGCCGAAUUCCUUUAUGACGCCGUAGCCCAAUGGAAGGCGCAGGGUGUUAUCAAAAUUGAUUCAACAUCGUUGCCCUUCUUUAAGGACCUGUAUCCCGCCGCCGAGGAAGGGACAUUCCAGGAGUCUAGCAACAGCUUUGCUAUUGUCGUCAGUGCGGUUACUGCCUAUGCUGAUUCCUUCGUAGCAGUAGCACAGCAGUACACUCCUAGCAACGGUUCAAUGUCUGAACAGUUUAACAAAACAUCUCCAGGAAACCCCCUCUCGGCAUCCGACCUUACCUGGUCCUAUUCCGCCUUCGUGACCAUGGCUGAGCGCCGUGCUGGCCAGUAUCCUCCUAGCUGGGUCCCUGCCGCCUCGAAAGUACCUGAGACCUGCACCACAUCGUCGACCCCAGGUGUUUACGAGCCCGCAAUCGCUGCAGGAGCUCCUGAUGUGACUGGUACUUGUACAGUUCCCGUCACCUUCCUGUUAAAUGCAACGACCUACUAUGGAGAGAAUGUCUACAUUCUUGGCAAUGUUGCCGAGAUUGGUUCAUGGAAACCUGAAAACGGGCAGCUCAUGAAAGCCACCAGCUACUCGGCUGAGCGUCCGCUGUGGAACGUUGACGUUGAACUGCCCGGUGGCCAGAGCGUGGACUACAUCUAUAUUAGGAAGCAAAACUGCGACCAGGGAUACAUAUACGAAUCGACGAACCGUACGCUCACAGUGCCUGCUUGCGAUUCGACAAAGAAGUUGACGGUGGAUGAUGAAUGGGUGGGACGCCGGGGAACUAGUGGUAAUUGCUAA